ACCAUUACCUAUCUCUUCGCCUACAAAACUCCAAUAGAUUAUUAUUCCAUCUUUCACAUCACUAAACCAACCAAACCUCAUACUACACAGUUCUGACAGUCUAUCUAUUCUGUCUCACUCCAAGCAUCUAAUCCAAUACAACAAACAUAACCUCAACCUACUACACCCAACAAAGACAUACAAACCUCCAACAACCUCACCCAAGAUCCAAAAUGUCCAACCGACACUUCAUCAACGACCCCCAACACCUCGUCCUCACAUCCCUGCAAUCCACCACCCUCCUCAACCCGGGCGUCGCCCUCGACGUCCACAACAAAAUCGUCUACCUGCGCCCCGGUUACGGCCACAACCACAAUGCCUCCUCCUCUUCUUCUUCCAACCAAAGACAAAGAGUGUCGCUAAUCUCCGGCGGCGGCUCCGGCCACGAACCCUCCUUCUCCAGCAUGGUCGGCCGCGGUUUGUUGUCUGCCUGCGUAGCCGGCACCAUCUUCGCCUCUCCCUCAGCGGAACAAGUCCGUACGGCGAUUAUGGGGCGGGUGGACAAUAACGAUCCCUCCAAAGAAGAUGGGGCGGGCGGAGGAGGAGUGCUAGUGGUAGUAAUGAACUACACGGGCGACGUGCUCAACUUUGGUCUCGCCGUCGAAAAAGCCAAAGCCGCGGGCGUGAACGUGGAAAUGGUUGUCGUCGGGGACGACGUCGGUGUUGGCCGGACGAAAGCCGGGAAAGUGGGGAGGAGGGGGAUCGCGGGGACGGUGUUGGUGCAGAAGAUUGCGGGGGCGUUGGCUGCGCAGGGACGGAGUCUCAAAGAGGUGACCAAGGUUGCGAAUCUGGUGGCGGAGAAUAUUGUUAGUGUUGGUGCUAGUCUGGAGCAUGUGCAUGUUCCGGGGAGAAGGGCGGAGGCGGAGGGCGCGGAGUUUAAGGUGUUGAGGGAGGGCGAGGUGGAGAUUGGUAUGGGGAUUCAUAAUGAGCAGGGGAGCAGUAGGGAGAGGGGGAUUGGACUCCCGGAGUUGGUGGGGAAGAUGUUGAAGCAGUUGCUUGAUCGGAACGAUGGGGACAGGGCGUUUUUGAAUGUGAAUUCGAAUGAGGUGGUGGUGUUGGUGAAUAAUCUGGGAGGGGUCAGCCCGUUGGAGAUGGGCGGGAUUGUCACCGAGGUGGUGACGCAGUUGGGCGAGAAGCCAUAUGGGAUCAAGCCCGUGAGGAUCCUGAGCGGCACGUAUAUGACGAGCUUGAAUGGGUUGGGUUUCAGUAUCUCGUUGUUGAAUGUGGUUAAUACGGAUAUUGGCGGGCCGGGCAUGAUUGACUUGCUGGAUUACCAGUGCGAGGCCACGGGGUGGACGGCGCCUAUCUCGAAGCUGACUUGGGAGGAGCAGCGGGAUAACAAGAAUACCCGGGAGAAUGAUGCCAAAUCGGAGGAGGAGGUGAGGCCGUGUGGUCUGACGUUUGAGCCCCAGGAGGCGCAGAAGCAGCUGGUUGCUGGUCUCAAGGCUGUCAUCGCCGCCGAGCCGGAGGUGACCAAGUAUGACACCACGGUGGGCGAUGGUGAUUGCGGUAUCGGUCUGAAGCGCGGUGCUGAAGCAAUCCUGUCCCAUCUCGACUCCAACCCCCUAACAGGCGACGCAGCCAUCGACCUCUCCAAGAUCGUCACCGUGGUUGAGCAAACCAUGGACGGCACCUCCGGUGCUCUCUACGGCAUCUUCCUCAACGCCCUGGUCGCCUCUCUCCACACUGUUGGUGGAGGGGAGUCGGACAAGAAAGCUGCCGACGGCACUGCCUGGGCCGCAGCACUCAAACUGAGUUGCGAGGCCCUCUCCAAGUACACGCCCGCUCGUCCCGGUGACCGCACUCUGAUCGAUGCCCUCUAUCCCUUUGUCGAUGCGCUCGAGAAGACCGGUGAUGUGAAGAAGGCGGCUGAGGCUGCGAAGCAAGGGGCCGAGGGCACCAAGGGUAUGAAAGCCAACUUGGGCCGCACCGUGUACAUUGGCGGGUCUGGAUUCGAGCAGGUGCCGGAUCCGGGCGCCUGGGGAUUGGCAAAGUUCUUCCUUGGACUGGCUGGAAUUGAGAAGUCUGAUGAUGGUUCCUCCAGUAAUAAGCAGGCGAAGGGAUCGGAUGAUGGAUGGGAAGAGGUCACAGGAGAGGCUGAGUUGCCCUAAGAUCUGCUGUAUAUGAUCUUGAUAUACCCCUGAGUAGUUAGUUUGCACCACCAUUUCAAUGACGUACCAUGAAACCAUGAUCAAAGCUCCAGCCGUAGUAAGAGGCA